GGCCUCUGGCUCCUUUCGCAGCCACCCCCCGAAAGCAGCGGCGGGAGCGCACGACCUUCACCCGGGGACAGCUGGAUGUAGUGCAGGUAUGGUUUAAAAACCGUCGGGCUAAAUGCCGGCAGCAGCAGCAGCAGCAGCAGAACGGGGGCCAGAACAAGGUACGACCGGCUAAAAAGAAGAAUUCACCAGCCCGGGAAGUGAAUUCGGAAAGCGGGACCAGUGGGCAAUUCACUCCCCCCUCCAGCACCUCAGUCCCCACCAUUUCCAGCAGCAGUGCCCCCGUAUCCAUCUGGAGCCCAGCGUCCAUCUCCCCACUCUCAGACCCCUUGUCCACCUCUUCCUCCUGCAUGCAGAGAUCCUAUCCCAUGACCUACACCCAAGCAUCAGGCUACAGCCAAGGAUACGCUGGCUCGACCUCCUAUUUUGGAGGAAUGGACUGUGGAUCUUACUUGACACCUAUGCACCACCAGCUUCCUGGACCAGGUGCCACCCUGAGUCCCAUGGGUGCCAACGCGGUCACCAGUCACCUCAACCAGUCUCCAGCAUCCCUUUCCACCCAGGGCUAUGGAGCAUCCAGUUUGGGCUUUAACUCCACCACCGAUUGCUUGGAUUAUAAAGACCAAACGGCCUCCUGGAAGUUAAACUUCAAUGCUGACUGCCUGGAUUAUAAGGACCAGACAUCGUCAUGGAAGUUCCAGGUUUUGUGAAGAACCUUUGUUGAUACUGAGAGAAAUCACGACGAGAACGAACACGCUGGGCUGAACGCUCCAGUUUUAGUCAGGUCUUGGUUAAAUUAAAGAGGAAAAAAAAAACUCAAUGGACAAACUAAACAAACAACAAUAAAAAAAACCCCAACAACGACAAGAGAGGGGGACAGUGUUGGUGUGAUCCCGUUCAGACUCAUCUCCUGCUCAGGCGCUCUGGAAAAGGAAUAAUACAAGAGGAAAAAUGGAGGAGGAUGGCCUUAAACGGACAGAUCAUCUAGUGAGCAGAAAACAGACAGACCCAUCUGUGUUCUUUCUAGUUUUAGGCAACUGUUGGGUUUCUUUGUUUGGAAGAGGUGGGAGAUCAUCCCGCCUAUGGGCCAGUUUUAAAAAAAGAAAAAAAAAAAAAGAAAAAAAAAGUCUAGGUUUUUAUUUCUUUUUUUUUUUGUGUGUGCGUGGAAAGAUCCUUCACCCAGAGGUUUCCAAUGUGUUAGCCAACCCUCGGUUAAAAUAUUUGGAAUGGACAGCAUCUCUCUUUUUUCUCCCUCUUUUUUCUCCCUCCCUCUUUCUUUCUCUCUCGCUCUUGAGCUCAUCCAACUGUUUCACGCCCAACUUGCUCAAGUUGGCACCCAGAGAACUUGGUUCAGGGCUGUGUGGGUUGUGUGACUGAUUGUCCUAGCUGCACUACUUUAUUUAAAGAUUAAGAAAAAAAAAAACGAUAAUGUUCAUAAGGAGUCAAUAUGUAGUUUUUAAGAGACAAUCAGUGUGUGUCUUAUAUAAAUGGUACAUCUGUGGUUUUUAAUCUGUGCUAGACUUCAAAACUGUGAUCUCCUGUAUUGUAUGCAACUCUGAACUCCGCACCAGCGGGAGUUCUGCUGUGAUUUAAAUAGGUUAUAAUUAUAAGUGAAAUUCAGAGCAACUGAGUUACCUAUUAUCAUCUUUUAAAAAAAAUAAUAAAAAAAUAUAUAUUAAAAAAAAA